UUUCCAAUGUUGUUCCAAAACUUGCACGCAGUCAUGGCGGAAACAGAACCUCAAACCUAUGUCCAACUCUUCUUCCUCUUGCUACUCUCCACCAUCGUAGUUCGUGCGGUCUUCUGGUUUACCCGCCGCCAUCCCCGCCGUCCACCGGGGCCACCCUCUCUCCCCGUCAUCGGCCACCUCCACCUUAUCUCCUCCCUCCCUCACCGGUCAUUCCACUCACUGGCCACGCGCUACGGCCCCAUCAUGCAGUUAUUCCUGGGGUCUGUUUCGUGCGUGGUGGUUUCGUCGCCGGAACUGGCGAAAGAGUUCCUUAAAACUCACGAGAAUAGCUUCUCGAACCGUUUCGUUAGUUCGGCAGUUCACCAGCUGUCGUACGGUUCGAAAGGCUUCCUCUUCGCCCGCUACGGAAGCUUCUGGAAGUUCAUGAAGAAGAUUUGCAUGUCGGAGCUUCUCGGUUCCCGCACCCUCGACCAGUUCCUCCAUGUCAGGGAACAAGAGACUCGAAGGUUUCUACGCGUAUUGCGGAGGAAGGGGGAGGCGCGUGAAGUGGUGGACGUAGGGGGGGAGUUGUUGACUCUGACGAACAGUGUGAUAUCGAGAAUGGUGUUGGGACGAAGGUGUUGCGAGAGCGAGGGCGAGGUGGCGGAGGUGAGAAAGAUGGUGGAGGAUACGGUGGAGCUGGCGGGGAAGUUGAACGUGGGAGAUUUCGUGUGGGUAUGUAAAUGGUUGGAUUUGCAGAGAAUGAAGAAGAGGGUUGAAGAGAUUGUGGAGAGGUUUGAUAGGAUGAUGGAGAGGGUGAUAAGGGAGCAUGUGGAGGAGAGGCAGAAGAGAGGAGAGGUUAGGGAUUUGCUUCACAUUCUGUUGGACAUUCAUGAAGAUGAGAGCAGAGAGAUGAAGUUAAGCAGAGAGAAUAUAAAGGCUUUUAUCUUGGACAUAUUGAUGGCAGGAACAGAUACAUCGGCUAUAACAAUGGAGUGGGCGCUAGCGGAGUUGAUAAGAAACCCUAAUGUGAUGGAGAGAGCGAGAGAAGAGAUAGAUUCGGUGACAGGAAAUAACAGCAGGGUGAUUGCAGAGUCAGACAUCGUUAACCUUCCCUACAUGCGAAGCAUAGUGAAAGAAACCCUAAGGCUUCACCCGACAACGCCGAUGAUAGGAAGAGAGUCAUCGGAGAAGAUGAAGGUUUGUGGGUACGAGAUUGGAGAAAAGACAUGGUUGCUUGUGAACUUGUGGGCCAUGGGAAGGGACCCUAAGGUGUGGGAAGAGGCGCUUGAGUUCAGGCCGGAGAGGUUCAUGGGGGAGGAGAAGGGGUUUGAUGUGAGAGGACAGAACUACGAACUGAUGCCAUUUGGGACAGGGAGAAGGGUGUGUCCUGGUGCCUCACUUGCACUUCAGGUUGUGACCUCCAACCUUGCUGCUAUGGUUCAGUGCUUUGAUUGGAAGGUUGAAGGGAGUGUUGGCAUGGAAGAGAAACCAUCCAUGACCCUUCCAAGGGCACAUCCUUUGCUCUGUGUCCCUGUGCCUCGAUUCUCACUUUCCUUCUGCUAAAUGAAAGUCAUGUUAUUAUUUUUCUUAUUAAUAAGAUCAACUUUUACUUCUAA